AAUGGCAAAUACCAAUAUUGAAAAAAAAAAAGAAAGAAAAAGCAGUGUAUUAGUCUCAUGAUUUCAUGGCCGAGCUUCGCCGUCGUCAUUAGAUUACACAAAAACAACUCUACUUAAACCCCCCACAAAGUCGGUGCUUUUCAUUUGACCUUCCCAAAACAGAAUUGCUCUCUCUACCCUCUCUCUUUCUCUCUCUUUAAAGUCCCUCUCUUCUUCCCGAAACCCCGCCGCCCCAAUUUUAUCGGCGGGAGAAUGUUAUUUUCUCGGGGAUUUCGUCAGAUUCCGAGAAGCAGUUUGACGGGAAUCUCCCGGUGGCUCCUCCCGCACCGACCGGAGCAAUCUCAGACCAGUCCUCAAUGUCUUCGAGAAUCUGCUCACAAGAUUUUUGGCGGUUAUGGAGAACCUAGUUAUUGGGGAUUGCCUGCGUUGCAUAGUUCUAGGUAUCAAGUUCAUCACCAGAGUAGCUCCAUAGUUGAGGAAGAACUAGACCCGUUUUCGCUUGUUUCGGAUGAACUUUCGCUUGUCGCAAAUAGAUUGCGGGAAAUGGUAGUUGCUGAGGUUCCGAAGCUCGCUUCAGCUGCCGAGUACUUCUUCAAAAUGGGGGUGGAGGGGAAGAGAUUUCGUCCAACGGUUUUAUUAUUGAUGUCAACAGCUUUAAAUGUUGCCAUACCUGAGCCUCCUAAAGCGCUAGGUGAUACUUUAACACCAGAACUGCGUACAAGGCAGCAAUCUAUAGCAGAAAUCACAGAGAUGAUCCAUGUGGCAAGCCUUCUACACGAUGAUGUUUUAGAUGAUGCCGACACUAGACGUGGUGUUGGUUCGUUGAAUUUCAUAAUGGGAAAUAAGGUAGCAGUAUUAGCAGGAGAUUUUCUGCUUUCUCGAGCUUGUGUUGCACUUGCAGCUUUAAAAAACACUGAGGUUGUAACAUUACUAGCAACGGUUGUAGAACAUCUUGUGACAGGUGAAACCAUGCAAAUUACAACUACCUCUGAUCAACGUUGUAGCAUGGAAUAUUAUAUGCAGAAGACCUACUACAAAACUGCAUCACUGAUUUCAAACAGUUGCAAGGCAAUUGCCCUUCUUGCUGGGCAAACUACAGAAGUUGCAAUGUUGGCGUUCGAGUAUGGCAAAAAUCUGGGGUUAGCAUAUCAAUUGAUAGACGAUGUUCUUGAUUUCACCGGCACAUCUGCUUCCUUGGGAAAGGGCUCUUUGUCUGAUAUCCGUCAUGGAAUCGUGACGGCUCCGAUAUUGUUUGCCAUGGAAGAGUUUCCUGAGUUGCGUGCAGUUGUCGAGGAGGGGUUUGACAACCCUUGUAAUGUCGAUCGGGCUCUCGAGUAUCUUGGUAAGAGUCGUGGCAUUCAAAAGGCGAGGGAGCUAGCAAUAAAGCAUGCAAACCGAGCUGCAGAGGCGAUUGAGUCUUUGCCUGAGAGUGACGAUGAAGAUGUAAAAAGAUCAAGGAGGGCACUUAUAGAUCUCACUCAAAGAGUCAUUACAAGAACCAAAUGAUAGAAAAGACUAGUACACAGUCCACAGAAUAAGAGCAUAGUGUAUGAUGAAUUUGUCUUAAUUUUUCUGAUUACUGUUUCAGUCAGGUGAGGGACAAUUUCCCCUCUUUCAUUUUCAUCAUACAUUCUUUCAAUUUUUUGUUUUUGUUACAUAGUUCGCACUUUCAUGUAUAUUACAAGUCUGGCAGAGUAGAAAGAACACUCAUUAUUUAUUGAUCCUCCGUAUCCCGCUUGAAUGAUGCCUUGCUCUUAUAUUCUGCAACUUUCUGUCUGACUUGGUCUGUCUUGAUGUAUGAUGGUAGUA